CCACCACCUAUCCGCAAGAAUAACAAAUAAAUCAACAUCAACCAAAGCAAAUGCAAAUCCCUUCAUACACCAAACCAUAUAGUCCCAAACAUACCAUUCCAUUCACCCGAGCACUCAAAGCACAGAUAAUCAGAUUCUCCACAAACCCAAAGGCGAACGAAAGCCAUGUUUGGCCGCAGCAGAUCAGAGCCGUGCGGCAGUUGCGGCAACCGCAUCCUCGUGCCACCACUCUCCUCCACGUUCUAUUGCCACUCCUGUCAAACGACGACAAGGCUCCAGAGUUCGCAUGACCGGAUUCGUCGCUUCAGAGGAUGGCUGAGGGGCAUGUUCUCAAAUGCAGUUUUCGGGUCUGGAUCUCAAAUGCAGUCUUCGUCUAUUGAUUACCGGCAGUGGGAAAUUGGAGAUAGGGUUGGGUCGGCGAUGAACUGGCCGGCGAGUUUUCCGGCAAAUCGAGCGAAGAAAAGGGCGGUUUUGGUGGGCGUGAGUUAUAGUCUCAAGUCGUAUCAGUUGAAGGGAACUGUUAAUGAUGUGAAGUGCAUGCGAUACUUUCUUUGUGAGAAGUUCCAGUUCACGGACGAUAGCAUCUUGGUUCUCACUGAGGAGGAAAGAGACCCGAGGCGGAUCCCGACGAAGGAAAACAUUCGAGCGGCAAUACGAUGGCUCGUAUGGGGCAACCGGCACGGCGACUCACUCGUCUUCCAUUUCUCCGGCCACGGAUCGCAGAAGCUCGACCUCUCGGGCGAUGAGGUCGACGGCUAUGCAGAAACCCUUUGUCCUGUUGACUACGAGGAGCAAGGGGUCAUCCUCGACGAUGAGCUCAACGCCACUCUUGUCCGCCCACUCUGUACAGGCGUCAAGCUCCACGCUAUCAUUGAUUCCUGCCACAGCGGCACGGUCCUCGACCUCCCCUAUCUCUGCCGGAUGUCCAGAGGGGGAUUCUUUCAAUGGGAAGAUCAUACCCCAAAAUCAGGCACAUUCAAAGGGACUUCUGGUGGGUUGGCUAUAUGUAUAAGUGGUUGUGAUGAUAAUCAGUCAGCUCAAGACACUCAGGCUCUAUCUGGCUCUGCCAUAACUGGUGCCAUGGUAUACAGUUUAAUUUAUGCAGUUGAAACUGAUCCUGGAACAACAUAUGGUCGCAUGCUCAGCAACAUGCGCUCUGUUAUUCGUGGGGCUGAUUCUUUUAUCGGGUUCAAUGGUCCAUUAGCCUCUUUUGUGAAAAGAGUGCUCAGUUAUGGAAUCAAACAGGAUCCUCAACUGUCGGCUUCCGAGAUAUUCGACAUUUAUCGGAAGCCUUUUCUCCUUUAAAAAAGUAAUAUGUUGUUAUGGCCGUUGUUAUUAUGUCCAUAUAUGUUUGCUUACUCAAAAAUACUAUCCACAUCAACUAGAAGUUUAUACGUUUGUUUUCUUGAAAAAUAAAUGAAAUUCACAUUACAGGAUAUGGGUAGAUUAUCAGAAUGUUCUUACCUCAUAUUUACUCAACA